GUAAUAUACAGAUGCUCCAGUAGGUGUCGCUGUGAGCGUCCAGGUCGCGUUGUGUUACAGGAAUAGAAGAAGGCGUGCGGCAGUGUUGCUGAUUGAUGAUCUGAUCUCGGACUCUACUAAUCAUCUUUCCAUUCCAAUAUUUCUGACAGGGUUUUACCUCCACACUUCCAUCUGAUCCGCUGGAGCUGAAUUUGAGGAGCUUCACUGCGUUCUGCUGGAAACAUCAAGCUAUGAGUGGGGUCUCCUCCUGCUGUCCACGUGCAGAACAUCUCGAGAUCCUAGGACGAUGAAGUCAGCCGAGAUGACACACUGCUCCAGCAGUCCACAAAAGUCAUCAGUUGCUCCAGCUGAUGAUGGAGCUCACGGGCGAGUUCAGCAUGAAGGUCAUGGCUGCUCUCAGUGUGGGAGGAGUUUCACUAAAAGGAGUAAUCUUAAACAGCACCAGCUUGUGCAUACGGGCGAGAAGCCGUAUCACUGCCCACACUGUGAGAAAAGCUUCACCAAAAGGAGCAAUCUGAAACAGCACCAGCUCGUCCACACGGGGGAGAAGCCGUAUCAGUGCUCUGAGUGUCACCUGUGUUUCAGUCAAAAGGUUCAUCUCGUACGACACCAGCACGUCCACACUGGGGGGAAACCGUACCCGUGUUCUCGCUGUGAGAAGAGUUUUAUGGACUGCAGCAGCCUGGUGAAGCACGAACGGGUCCACACGGGGGAGAAGGUCUGCCGCUGCUCGCUCUGCGGUCACAGCUUCAACUGCCUUCGCAAUCUAAAGCGGCACCAGCGCAUCCACGAAGGAGAGAAACCGUUUCGGUGUUCGCAGUGUGGAAGAGGUUUUAUCGAUCGAAGCAAUCUGAUGAAACACCAGAAAAUCCACACGGGAGAGAAGCCGUACCGCUGCUCGCACUGCGCCAAGAGUUUUGCACAGAGGUUUAAUCUUCACCAGCACCUUCACAUCCACCGAGGAGAUAAACGCUUCUCUUGCUCCGAGUGUGAGAAGAGGUUUAACCGAGAGUACACGCUUCAGUUACACCGGCGCGUUCACACCGGGGUCAAACCCUAUUACUGCUCAGCCUGCGGGAGGAGCUUCAGUAGUCUGAGCAAUCUCAAACAACACCAGCGCGUUCACACCGGAGAGCAACCCUACCGCUGUUCCCACUGCGCCAAGAACUUCCGAUCCAGCGAUACGCUCCGAAACCAUCAGCGCACUCACACGGGGGAGAAACCGUAUCAGUGUCCACACUGCGGGAAGACCUUUACACAGAUGGGUCAUCUCCAUCAACACCGGCGUCUUCACAUGGGACAGAGGCUUCCUCAGGGUUCGGAGUGUGGGAGGAGCUUAGGUUCCAACGAUACGCUCAGAAACCGUCACACGGGGGAGGUGUUAAGCAACAAAUGUCCACACGCCUGUGAAUAGGAACAUGCUGAGCUUCUCUUGAAGAAACACACACACUUCAUAUUCAUUAUUUAUCAGGAAUCAAAAAGAAAAAUAUAAUUUCAUUUCAAUUUCGAAGUUCUAAAGAGUUUCUGAACAUCUCAUUCCACAUUUAGUCUCCAUUUGCUGUUAUAAUGAGCUCCACUCAUCUGGGAAGAUUUUCUAUAUUUUGUAGCGAUUUCUGUGCAGAUUCAUUCAGCUACAAGGGUGUUAGUAAAGUCAGGUGCUGAUGUAGGUGAGAUGGUGUUCAAUAGUGUUUAGCUCCCAGUGUUCUUCUGGAACGUGUCCAGAAGUCUUCUUUUCAAAGCAUCUCGAACACCUUCUGUGAUUCUCACCGGAUCUCUGCACCGGUGUCAAAACAGCAAACUGGAUCUUCAUCUUUAGGGAGAGGGCGAAGUUUACAGGAGCCAAAUCUGGUGAAUAGGGUGCGGGAGUGAGAUCAUGUCAUUUCUGGAGAGAAACUCACGUGUGAGGAGGAGCUCAGUGACAGGGCGCACACGUGGCCAGAAUAGCAGAUGUGGUACUUCACGUAAAGCACGAGUUACACAGCUCCUGUUGUCUUUUGGCACACUGAAUUAUGAAGGCUGGUGCUCCCUGUGACUGUGUGUGUGUGUGUGUGUGUGUGUGUGUGUGUGUGUGUGUGUGUGUGUGUGUGUGUGUGUGUGUGUGUGUGUGUGUG